AAAUAUUUAUCUGUUGAGGCCACGAAUUGUUGAUUACAUUAUAGGAGCUUGAUGUUUUCAAGAAAUCAAACCUGCAAUUGCAGCUGAUAUAUAAGGAGAUACAAUUUAGUUACCUGAGAAUGUGUGGCUAAGUCAUAUUCUAUUGAAAUUUUGUGUGCCUAUUGAAUUCAUCGAUGAGGUGAGUCAUCCAAAAAUUCAGCUUUGUAGCUUCUACACCGGUGAAGAUAAUCAAGGUUUUCCUUUUCUAUAGCUCUCUGAAAGAAAAAUAGAAUAUUGUUAGGAGAACGGAUUGAUUUACUUACAAUUUUUUCAGUUCAUUGAAGAGAGGACCAAAUAAAUUCAAGAUGUAAGAAAUGUCGAGUCCACGGAGAUAAUAUGUUACAUUAAGUUCAAAACAAACAAGUGAACCAAAAGUGCUAAAUAACAUUAUGUUGAAGUAGCUGAAACGUAAUUCUAUUUCCAUGUUGCAGGUUAAUUGAUAUGGGUAUAUUCUAUUACAACGGUUUGAAGGUUCAUGCGAAAUUUUAUAAAAAAAAUAGACAUAUAUAAAUUUGAACAUUCUGUAACGUAAGAUGCGGAAAUUUUUGAAUCGAUUUAAUUGAACGUUUCUUGGUAGAUUAAGUAUCGAAAAGAACCGGUUAUCAAUAUAAACAUUCACUGAGAUGAGACUUCAAUAGAUUUGCUGCCAUCAAUAAUAACAAAUCAGAGUGGGAGCAAAGAAGAUAAUGUUAAGAUUCCUCUAAUAUAAGCAAGAACGUUUACUGAAUACUCAGAAGUGUUUGUUACAGAGUUAAUCUCAAAAUGUGGAAGGUCAAAGGCAUUGUGGCAUUUGUUGUCUUCAGUUGUCUAGCUGAAGGUAUUUAUUCAAGGCCAGAGAUUAGGAGUCAAGAUCCACAAUGGAUUUUGGAAUUGAAAUUAGGGACAACGAACUUAGGAGGAUUGAAGCCAAUUAUCAAUGGUAUAUCACCUGUUUCUUGCGACUCAUCCAAGGAAAAACCAUCAAAUGAACGUCUCAACAAUACCAAGGAAAUAAUGGAGAAGUCAACACUUAACUUAGUCGAACUUGAUGGCAGUAUUUAUUACUUCGAGAAGGAAAAACCGGUUAAUUACUUCGAGGCAAUGACAUUUUGCAAGACAAAUGGUAUGGAUCUCGUCAGUAUCGAAACUGAGGCUGAAAAUGAAAAACUGUUGAAAUACAUCAAAGCGAACCUUAACAGUUUCGAACAUUUCUGGACAUCUGGAAAUGACUUAAGUGCCGAAGGACACUUCACCUGGCUUGCAACUGGAGAACCUUUCACUUACACCAAUUGGAAACCUUCUCUUCCAGACAAUUAUGACGAUGAAGAUUGUGUUGAGCUCAGGAAUUUUGGAGACGGUUCUUACUUUUGGAAUGACAUGAAGUGUAUGCACUCUCUCAACUUUAUAUGUGAAUUGAAGGAAUGUACCAACUUCUGCUUAUCUAGACCUUAAAAAAAACGAUAUAAAAAUAAAGACUUCUUUGUGAUAUAA